CUACGCGAGCGCUCCAGCAGCGCGCGAGUGCACGUCGCGUUCUCAGUGCACGCAAGCGACUCCGCGGCCCCGAGCACGGUGCAUCCGCGAGCCGAGGAUCCGCCGGCGGAACAGGCGGCGGUCGGUGGGGCGCGUCAGCCCGAUGAGCGGCUCCGACAGCGACAGCGACAGCGAUGCCGCCGCGGAAGGCCGCGAGCAGCGCGCGCGGCGCCUGCGCGCCUUCGAGCCCUACUUCGAGGAGGUGGUCCGCCGGGGCGGCUUCGCCGAGCACACGAGCGAGCGCCCCGGCGGCGGCGGUGCCGACUGUACGGCCUACAUUCUGCUGUGCGCGGCCAUCCUGUGCGGCGACCGGCGCGGCGCGCGGCUGCUGCUGCGUCGGCACUGCAGCGGCCGCGCAGCCCGAGCCGACCCUGGCAAGGACGUGCCGCUGCAGCUGGCCGUGCUGGCGGGCGAGACGCAGCUGGUGGGCUUGCUGCUGGCGAGCGGCGCGCGCGCCGCGGCCUGCUUCCGCGAUCGACGCCAGCCGCUGCACCUCGUCUGCGAUCGGCGCUGCAGUCCCGCGACGCCCGACUCGACGCGGCUGGCCAUCGCGCGGCUGCUGCUGGCGCACGACGCCGAGGUUGACGCACCCGAGCGCCGCGCCGGCGACAGCCCGCUGAUCCUGGCGGUGCGCAGCGGCUGCGCCGAGCUGGCGUCGCUACUGGUGCGCGCGGGCGCCGAUCGGAGCUACGCCAACCGGCGCGGCGAGACGGCGCUGCACGCGGCGCUGACCGAGGGCGCGGGCCCGCGGCUGCUCGCGCUGCUGUGCGCGGAGGGCGCGCCGCCGGGGCCGGGCCUGCUGGCGGGCGCGGCGCGCCGCCUGGCCAACUGGGGCCUAGGCGCGGCGCCGGAGGGCGGUGCCGCGGCGCUGGCACCCGUGCGCCUCCUGCUGCGCCGCGGCGUCGCGGUGGACGCCAGCCUGGACGCGCGCGGCAACCGACUGCUGCACCUGGUCUGCCAGAACCGCGCGGCGCGCGCGCUGCCGCUGCUGCUGCGCCACGGCGCCGACGUGGACGCGCGCAACGACGAGGGCCGCACGCCGUUGCACUUCUGCGCCGAGGCGCAGCCGGCGCGCCGCGUGGCGCUGCUGCUGGAGCGCGGCGCGGACGUGGGCGCGCUGACGCGCGCGCGCCAGUCGGUGCUGCACUUCGCCGCGGCCAACCGCAGCCCCGCGGUGCUGGAGCUGCUGCUGCGACGGGCGCGCGGCCGCCUGCGGCUGGACGCCACCAGCGAGGACGGCCUCACGCCGCUGUUCUGCGCCGUGUGGGCCGGGCGGCGCGCGUGCGCGCGGCUGCUGCUGGACUGGGGCGCGCGCGUCGACGCGCGCGUGCUCCACGGUCAGGUGGUGCUGCACGUGGCCGUGGACCAGCGCCAGCCGCGCAUGGUCGAGCUGCUGCUGGAGCGCGGCGCCGACCUGGGCGCGCUCGACGACCACGGCAACAGCCCGCUGAGCUUGGCGCGGUGCCAGGCCACCGCGGCGCGCGCCGACGAGUCCGACGGCGGCGACAGCGCCGACAGCGCCGAUAGCGCCGAGGGCGAGCAGGCCGGGCCGCGGCUCGGGCCAACCGAGGCCGUGCGGCGCGCGCUCGCCCGCCACGGCGCCAGGCUGUUCGCCACCGCGCCCCGACUGCUCGGCGAGCGCGGUCUGCGCGCGCUCCGUGGCGCGCCCUUUCAAGAGGCCUUCGACGAGUGCCUGGCCGAGCUGGAGCGCGUGAAGCGCGCCGGGCCGACGCCCGAGGAGCCGCUGGGGCUGCUGCGGCUGCUGGCCGGCGGCGACGCCGAGGCCGCGCGGUGCGCGCGCGAUCCGCGCUUCCUCGAGGCCGCGGCCGCCGUCGACUUCGCGCGGGCCUUCCCCAUCUACGGCGGCGCGCUCGGGGCCAGCCUGCGCCGGGCCGUCGAGCGGCUCGCACUGCUGGAGCGCUGCUGCGCCAGUCUCGACGAGAUCGCGCGCGGGCUCGGCGAGAGGUGGCUGGACGCCUGCCUGCCGCGCCUCGUCGCCGAGCACAUCCUCCAGUACCUCAGCCUCGCAGAGCUGCGCCGUCUGGCGUCGAUAGCCCAGCGACCAGCUCGAUAGACGACACCUCCGUUUCUGUAGCGGGACUAUAGAGAACCAGAAUAAAUACGUUUUAUCGUUUCGAACGACCGACCGACUGUCCCUUAUUUGCGAGCCUGUCCGCGCGGCAACCGACCCUCUGUCACAGACGGUCGUGGCCUAACAGUAUCAAUUGUGCGCUCGUGCAGUCA